AUGAGAUCCGACAUCUUUAUCGGAUUUUCAAAUCCUAGAGCUCUCUUCGCAUACAAAUAUUUAAACUCUUUGGUUUCCAUUCGGGAUUUAUUGAGUUUAGUUACAAUUCCAUCAUUGACACACUCAGAUGUUCAUUUAAAUAACCCGACAAUGGGUUGCUCAAUGUAUGGUCUCAACUCAAAUUUCAUUUUAGAUAAAUCAUUCCCACCUUUUAUUCCCGAUCCACCUAUUGCACCGGGUACAUGCCAAUUCGAUCCAGCAUAUUCAGGUGAUGUCUGUUGUAAUUACAAUCAAAGUAUGGUACUUUUCAAUAAUAUGGAGAUUGCUAGUGGUAUGUUUGGAAAGUGUUCAUCGUGUAUGACCAAUGUCUGGGAGCUUUGGUGCGCAUCUUCAUGCAGUCCCUAUCAGAGCACAUACAUGGUUCCAACCAACGUCAACAACAACACCAAUCAAAUCAUUUCAAUCAACUACAACAUCAACCCAAUUUUCGCCGAAGGACUUUACAACUCUUGUCGUGACGUCCAAACAAGUGGUGGACCUCCAUUCGCCCACUUUUACCCAACCUAUCAGGAAUUCUUUGUUGGUGUCUUUGUGAUUUACAAUCCAGCAUUCAAACUUACCUUUGUCUACGACGAAGUCAUUGGAUACAAUGGUAGCAUUAUCCCAUGCUCUGAACUUUGCUCCUGUGAAUAUUGCAGAGAUUCAUGUGUUGUUCCAACCGAAGGUGAUGGACUUUCCUUCAACAAAACACUUGGAUAUACUACAUUCUUUGAUGCUCAAGUACCAGUUUUAUCAAUUUGGAUGAUUUACUCUUAUGUUGGUUUCAUUUUGACUACUUUUACAGCAUUGUCAAUGUGGAUGUUAUUCAAUAUUUUCAAGAGAACUCAAAAGAUGAAGUGGAUGAUUCUCGUUUAUUUCUUGCUUAUUUUCUAUUUGUCUGGUAUUAUUGUUCCAUUCGCAGUUGGUGUUGCUCCUUCACACUCUGCUAGCUGCACCUACCAGAUGCCAUACAAUGUCGAGUGGGACUGCAGUCUUGCUCUUUUCGUAGCAAUCUAUCCACCUUUGGUUGCCCUCUUGAUCAUCUGCUUCACUCUAUUCCUCUACUUCUUCAAAGACAGACUCUCUACCAUGUCCACUAACUUUAACAACUCGAAUGACUCUGGUUAUUCCAACAUCACUUCACUCUACCUCAAUGACAACUCUCCAAGUUCCACUCCACCAUCCUCCCCAAAGUUCCAAGGUAUCGGAAUCAAGGAUCCAUCUCUCAUCCAAAAGAUGUUCUUUGUAUACGCCAAAUUCAUCGGUAGACAUCCAUGGUGGAUCAUUCUCGGAACCGUCGUAUUCACCAUCGCUGCUUCCAUCGGUAUCAUCAAGCUCCAAAUCGAGUUGGAUCCAGUCAAACUCUGGGUAUCACCAAGCAGUCGUUCCGCCAUCGAAAAAGCUUACUUCGAUGAACAUUUUGGUCCAUUCUAUCGUACUGAGCAAUUGAUUAUCAGUAACCGUUCCGAUCCAUCCUCUUUCAUUAUCACCUACGACAACAUCUUGACCUUGAUGCAACUGGAAAUCGAUCUCAUGGCAAUCACAGUCGAAUUUGAGGGUAAAACCAUUGAACAGGCCGACCUCUGUUUCCAACCAACCAAGAGAGGAUGUAUCGUCGAGUCAGUCACUGGUUAUUGGCAACGUAAUAUAACACUUCUCGAGAGUAUCGGACCAGCUGGAUUCAACGCCAGUCUUCAAUACUGCCAGACCAGUAAUCUCGCUCCACAAUGUAUGGAUGCCAUUGGUGUCCCAGUUCAGAAUAACGUCGUCCUAGGAAAUUUCACAACCGAUUUCAUGAACUCCACUGCUUUUGUCACCACAUUCUUGCUCAAUAAUCAACCGGCCAAUUUGACCGUCAACGAAGCUUGGGAAGAUGUCUGGUUGGCUAAAGUUGCCGCCUACAACAAGAAUGAGUCAUUCCCCUUCCACAUUGCCUACUCUGCCGAACGUUCCGUUCAAGACGAACUCGCCAGAGAAGGUAAGGCCGAUAUUCCAACCAUUCUCAUCUCCUACUCUGUCAUGUUCUUGUACGUCUCGAUUGCUCUCGGUCGUUACUAUCCAUUCCCAUCGAGAAUCUCCUCCAUUUUCGUCAAUUCCCGUUUCACCCUUGGUCUCUGUGGAAUUAUCAUUGUCGCUUUCUCCAUUUCCAUCUCCGUCGGUAUUUGCAGUAUCAUCGGUAUCAAAGCCACUCUUAUCAUUUCCGAGGUUAUUCCAUUCCUUGUGCUUGCGAUCGGUGUCGAUAACAUCUUCAUUUUGGUCAACACAUUCGAGUCACUCCACGUCAGCACCUACAACGCCUCCACCAGAACCACCACCCGUCCACUCCCAGAGGAAACACUGGCACGUGCCCUCGCCAAGGUAGGUCCAUCCAUGGCACUUGCUUCCCUCUCUGAAUCGCUUGCUUUCCUCUUGGGAACACUCACAAAGAUGCCAGCAGUCGUUGCCUUCUCCUUCUACGCAUCGGUUGCCAUCUUCUUUGAUUUCCUCAUCCAAAUCAGUGCUUUCGCCUGUCUCUUGGUUAUGGAUACCAGACGUACUGAAUCGCGUCGUAUCGAUUGUCUUCCAUGUGUCCCACUCGACGGAGAACUCUCGGACGACGACGAGCCAGAGAAACAAACUCUUCUCGAUCAAUCUACCAACUCCACCUACGACGUCACCUACAAAAAGAAAGACGGAUUCCUCAAACUCAUCUUUAAGAAAUACUACGCUCCAUUCCUCAUCCAUCCAAUCACCAAAGUAUGUGUCUGUGUAUUCUUUGUCGGUCUACUGCUCACCGGUAUUACCUAUUCGCUCCAGCUUGAACUCGGUCUAGAACAAAGUGUUGCCCUACCAAGAGAUAGCUAUCUUCAAGACUAUUUUGCCGAGUUAGCUUUGAAACUCGAGGUAGGACCACCAUUCUAUAUCGUUAUUAAAGGUGCAUACAACUACUCUAGCAUUCAGGACCAAGACGAAAUCUGCACGGUGCCCGGUUGUAAGAUGGAUUCCGUCGCCAAUAUCUUCAACAAUGCUCCAUACGUAGAACCCGGUAUUUCUUCAUGGCUCGACGAUUACAUCCAAUGGACAUUGAACGAAGCUUGCUUGUCAAUCUACCAAUCGAACGGUAGCACUUGUGUUCCACCACCAGUUGAUCCAAACGAUCCUGUCAGUGACUGUGGUGCAAUCUCAGUUCCCCCAACCAAUCGUCCAAGUGUACAGAAUUUUGUCAAAUUCAUUCCAAACUUUUUGAACUACGCCAACACCAACUCCUGUCAAAUCUCUGGUCUUGGUUACUCUGCUGACGUCGACAUCCAAGAUGGUGUCAUCGUUGCCUCAAAACUCGAUGGUUAUCACACAACCCUUAGAUAUCAACAAGAUUUCAUCAACUCAAUGAAAUCAGUAUAUUGGUACGCUGACCAUUUCCAUGGUGAUUUUGAGAUUUUCCCAUACUCUGUAUUCUAUGUAUACUUUGAACAAUAUCUCACCAUUGUGAAUGUUGCCAUUUUGGAUAUUGGUCUUGCCUUGGUUGGUGUACUUGUAGUCAGUUUGUUGAUUUUAGCCAAUCCAAUUGUCUCGUUGAUUGUUGUACUCUGUGUGUUCUUGGUUGCCAUCGAUCUCCUCGGUGUCAUGGCACUCUGGAGUGUCAACCUCAAUGCAGUGUCACUGGUCAACGUAGUUAUGGCCAUCGGUAUCUCCAUUGAAUUCUGUGUACACAUCGCCCAUACCUUUAUCAAUGCUCCAAAGCACUACACCAAUGAUGAAAAGGCCAAACAUGCAGUCUCCGAAGUCGGUAGCUCAAUCGUCAGUGGUAUUUUCAUUACCAAAUUACUUGGUGUCGUCGUAUUAGGUUUCUCAAAUUUUAUUUUUAAAAUUAUUUGGACUUUACAAAUUCCAACCACCACAACCACACCAAUAGUAAUUCAAACGCUGAAAUAUCAUAUCAUAUAA